AUGUUUGCCCAGCUCUCAAGGAAUGUCGUGGCCAAUGCUCUGGCAUGCAGACGCUCGGUAACGCCACGCUUUUCGUUCUUCCAACCAUCCAUUCUGCCAGCUACGGCGCGCCUCUAUUCGACUCCAGUGAACAACCUAGAGCAGACUCGGAACGUCCUCGAAAGUGUUACGAGGAAUCUCCCCGAGACAGAUUAUGAGAAAAGGUGGGCAGAUAUGUCUGCUAUUGCCAGACACUCGGCACAGAAGAAUCCCCCUGCGGGGCCCUAUGACGGUCGGAAGGUGACUGUUCAAAAAGGAAAGGGAGUGGCAGACGCGAUGAGGGCACUCGAUUCAAUCCUCACUCGCAACAAGGUCCGUCAGCAACUCCGCCUUCAGCAGAGGCACGAGAAGCGCGGCGAAAAGCUGCGACGCCUGAGGAGUCUGCGGUGGAGAAAGUUGUUUGCCAACGAGGUCCGUUCUCAUCGCCUAUUCUCCUUCACCAGCUAA